GGCGCCGUUGCGUUGAAGAUAAACAGGAAGAAGAGAGGUCACGCCGACGCUAGUAGUCGUUGCUACAUCUAUCAUGGAGUAUAAACGCCGUUGCUAUGGUUGGGCUGCUGUUCUUGCUUGUGCAUCUCAAUGUGGAACCAAUCUCACUAUCCACCUCCGGGUUAUCCAUCGGCGCCACCGCCACCGGUGGAUAUCAACCGUAUCCACCACCGUCUUCACGUCCUUACGAAGGCGGUUAUCAAGGUUACUUCGCCGGAGGAGGUUAUCCUCAUCAUCAUCACGGACCACCGCCUCCUCCUCCACCGCAAAAUUACAAUCACUGUCAUCACGAUCAUCACCAUAACCAUGGUUCUAACUCUGGUUGCUUCUCUUUCAUCCGUGGCUGUGACUCGAUUCUUUGUGUUUUUUUUGGUCAAGCGUUUUUUAACUCAUUGGGUCGGUUUAAAGCUGUGAUUGAGCUUUAUGUCGAGACAUGGAUGACCAAGGAAAGCCAGAGAGAGCGUGACCGUGAAAGAGUUGUGGCUCGUGCUGGAGGAAAGGGUAAGAAUGGUGACGAUGGUUUGACGCCAGAGCAAUGUCGUGAAGAUGGAAAAGCAUUGCAAGAGAAGGCUGCUCAAGCUGCAGCUGCGAGUUCGGGUGGAGGAGCUGGAGGCAAAGGAGCUGCUAGAAGUGAUGAUGAUCAUUUGGUUUGUCUUUUGAGCAAAUUGUAGACUUUAUGUUUGAAAUUGGGUCGUCUAUGUCAUUGCAAUUUGAUGCAUAUGGUGAAGUCUAAAAAAUAUUAAGUAAAUAAUCAUCUAAAAAGAUU